UAAAAGAGAAGAGGCAGCAGGAGCGGGAGCGGAAGGAAGAGAGAAGAGCAAACCAAAAGAAAAGAAAAGAAAAGAAAAGAAUGGGAUCGUCAACGGCCAUUAGAGAAUUGCAGCGAGAUCUUGAAAACAAAGCGAAUGAUCUUAGCAAACUCCAAAAAGAUAUUGCGAAGAAUCAUCAAGUCAGGAAAAAGUACACUAUCCAGCUUGGAGAGAAUGAGCUUGUCCUCAAGGAGUUGGACUUGUUGAAAGAAGGUGCAAAUGUUUACAAAUUGAUUGGUCCCGUACUUGUGAAGCAAGACUUGGCUGAGGCUAAUGCUAAUGUGCGCAAAAGAAUCGAAUACAUCUCUGCUGAAUUGAAGCGACUUGAUGGAACUCUUCAAGAUUUGGAAGAGAAGCAAAACAGCAAGAAAGAUGCGAUCUUCAAGUUACAACAGAGGAUCCAAUCAUUCCAGGCUGGCAAAGCCAAGGCAUAGAAAUGCCAUCUUAGGUGUGUUCACUUUGUCGGUUGUGACAUUUUUUUAGAGGAUUUAAUGUGUAUGCUUUCGUGCUAGAGGUCUUUCUCAACCUUUCACUACUCUCUGUAAUCACUAUGAUAUGUUUUAAGUUUGUGUGCCAGAAAUAUUGUUUUCUUUAUAGAACUACUUUGAUCAUUUCUUGAAAGCUA